CAACAACCAGGUGCUCGAAGACGCCACCUAGUAGAGAAACAGAGCAAGUAUAAACAAACGGUUUGUGUGUCUUAUGGUCUCUGUGGUCCGUAGUUGACUCGUCAAGCUAUUUCAGCCAUGAGUUCCGAGCUGCCGAAACCGCACUACUCCACCCCAUCCAACAACUACUUGUCGGGGGACUGGAAGUCGCACGUGUGGAUGGGCCAGCAGUAUUACGUCCCCUCGGAGCGAGACUGGAUCAAGUACCAUGACUACCGCUCCCUGCCCCGGGAAACACGGAGAGACGCCAUAGACAUGCAGUCCGAAGACCAGUGGGUCGCCUUUACACGUCAGAGAGAUACUCCCGGGGGAUAUCUCCACAAGGAUGUUGGUUUGAAGCAGUCCGGUGUUCCUGCUCUCAGACUUUCAGGCUACACACGCAACCUCCCCUCCAUGCCACACAGGGACAUCUUCCAAGACCCCUGGCCCAAAGCUGACCAGUGGGUCCCCCCUGCACGUGCAGGAAGGGGUGACUAUUAUGGCUACUACCACGAGGCCAUCGACACCGAGCGAGAGCGCAGGAAGAAGGAAUACCCCACGAGCAUGCGCAUUGAACCCCGAGAUGUCCCGAAACUUGUGUAAAAGAUUCAGGAAGACCAAUUAUUGCAGAUUGUGUAUACCUAUCUACGACAAUAAUAAAAACGGAGAGAAUAAUGACGACUCCACAUGGUGCCCACCCCACUCCGGGCAGUCACUUGUUUCAGUGUGUCCAUGUUUGUUACAAUCCGAGCAUAUCCCAAGAAAAUGAAGAUUUGAAGGUUGAUUUGUUUAUAUGUGUGUUUUAUCGAACGUGUAUGUUAUGAAAUACAUUAGUUCAAAUAUCA